UCAUGUUUCACUGAAAGCAGGAUGUGUCGAAAAUAAGGGGGGGUUUUAGAGUCUUUUCUCACUUCAUUUGAAGAACAAUAGCUCUAGCUAAAGUAUAUUUUGCAUCCACAAAAAAGGAAACAGGAAAGAUGGAAGAAACGAAGAGUGCUCCCGUCCCGGCCUUGUACUCCACCCGAGUAUUGUUGGUGGUUUUCGGCAUGAUCCAGAUCACCCUGGCAGCGGGGUUGAUUGUUGGAUGGCCGAGUAUCGCUGGAACGAUGCUGGUGGAACCAUUGGAAUCGGGUGGGGCUGGAUUGUCCCUUGAUCAGACUACGCAACUGUAUUCUUUGGCAGCCGCAGUCAAUUACAUUGCUCCGCUAUUCCUUGGUCUUGUUUUGGACUAUUAUGGACCAAGAGCUUGUUCUUUCCUCUCCAACGCAAUUGUGGCAGCUGGCUUGGCCAUUUUCUCCAUGGCCUCUUCCUUUCCAAUCUAUGCACUUGGAAUCUGCCUUGUUGCCUUUGGCGGGCCUUCGGUGCAACAAUGUCUCCUGCAUAUUGGCAACAUGUUCGCAGAGAGACGUUUCUUUGUCAUGGGAAUGGUAGCCGAGUCCAUUACUCUUUCUUUUGCUGUCUUUCCAUUGAUGGAUAUUGCAUGGGAAAACUUGCCAGAUGGCAAAGGAUUUCGCAUUCUCUUUGCAGGGCUUUCGGCACUUGUGGUGGUGUCAGCAAUCUGCUCCCUGUUGCUGUGGCCAGAUGCACCCUAUGAAGUUCCCAACGAGAAGGAACCAGCGGGUGAAGAUGAACCUCUUGUGAAAAAGCCAACCGCGGAGGCGAAUAAAGAUGCCCUAAAGAAUGGCACAUUUAAGGAACAAGUGACAAGUGGGGUCUACAUCCGAUUGUGCAUUUUCUUCAUUGUCACUAGCUGGUGGGCAAACUUUUACAUCGCUACGGUCACAACAGAGCUUGGAGAUCAAGGCAUCUUUGGCCCCGAGGGUCAGCACUCCUUGACGAGGUGGUUGAGUUUCCUGGAUGCCGGUGCCAUUGUUGCCGCACCUCUGAGUGGCUAUCUUUUGGAUUCGGUUGGCUUUGCUCCAACUGCAAUCAUUACGAUCGCUCUUGGAGUUACUCAGCAAGUCUGCCUUUUGAUUGCAGGAGGGAAUUUUGUCAUUAUGAUUUUCAGCUUUGGCACCUAUGCCAUUUAUCGGGCAUUUCUGUUUCCCUAUUUCUUUGCUACCUUGUCGCGAAAGAUGGGAUUUCGUUACUUUGGCUUUUUGUCGGGCAUUUCCUUUUGCGUGUCGGGGCUUACCCAGUUCACUGUGGCUCCCGUUGCAUUGGUCGUGGAAGGAGACUGCCACCAAAUCGAAGGAUAUGUUCACAUCGAAGGAGGUGUUUGUGAGGAGGGUAGUUGGACGGCCAUCCAUUUGGUUCAAAUUGCAUUUUUACUGCUCCUGCUCCUGGUUCCAUUCUUUGACAUUCGGUCCGAGCAAAAGGAUCCCAAGCCUAUCACCCACCACGAGUCCACGUUGUCUGCCUUUUCCAAAGAAACCAUUGCGCUAUCCUCCCGUUCCAUCGACUAUGGGGCCAUUCAAGAGGAAGAACCCUAGCUAGCAUGUCGGGAUCGGAACAAAUUUUUGUCGUUCUUAUUCUAAAGUAGUUGUUCAAGAUCU